UUGGGGUUCAGGACUGCCGGGUAAAGAUCGGGGCUCAGAGAGCGGAGACAGACGACGAAAUACAGGAUGAGGACUCUGGUGCUGGUGCUGCUGGUUUUGACCUUCACAUUUGCAACUGCGAUGAAGCCUAGAAGUCAGUUCACGCGUUACCGCUCAUGGAACUCGCGGAUGUAUCCGGUGUGGAAAGAUGGAGACCCAAGAUUCAGGAACUGCUGGUUUGGUGGUGAUGUAACUUUUGAUCUGAAAAAUGACGCACCGACAUUGACAGGAGCAAGAGCAACCUUCAAUGUCAAUCUUAACUUCCCACCAAACCAGACGACGCUCUCUGAUGGGCAGGUGGUCUGGGCACAGAACUGCACCAUCAAUGGACAACAGUACCAGGAGGGUCAGGCUGUGUAUUCUGACCAGGACACCCAGUCAACUGGAGUUUUCCCCGACGGUACACCGUUCACCAGGAGCCAAGACAAGAAACCCCACUACGUGUUUGUGUGGAAGGCAUGGGGGCGUUACUGGCAGGUGGCAGGCGGACCAUCCUCUUCCCUCUCUAUCGGUACAGACAACAUCCCCCUGGGCUCCUACAACAUGGAGGUUGUUAUCUAUCACUGCCGUGGCAAAGACAAGUUCGUUCCUCUCGGCUAUGCCUCCACAGUUUUCGCCAUCACAGACCAGGUUCCCUUCACCAUAUCACUUGCCCAAAUCAAUGAUGUAAACCAGGACGACCAGAACUUCAUCCAGAACCGAGCCAUUGCUUUCAGCGUCAAGCUCCAUGAUCCCAGCCAGUAUCUCAACAGUGCCGACGUCAGCUUCAGCUGGGACUUUGGGGACAGCACUGGCACUCUGAUCUCCAGAGACCUCACCGUCACACACACAUACCUCACAGUCGGGACCUUCAAGCCUCAGGUGGUUCUGAUGGCAAGCAUCCCCAACGGCUGUGGAAACCCCACUGCUGUUGUUCCUAUGGAUGCCUCUGCUGCACCAGCAGUAGUUGUGAUGGCCUCCACCCCUGCCGCUGUCCCAGCAGCACCAACCGAGGGAGGAGAUGUAAUUGCCCUGGACGUUCCUGCUUCUGACGCCACUCCACUCGCUGUUUCUGUGCAGCCAGCUGAUGCAGAGGACGGAGAAGCAGUCAUUGAUACUGACACGGAUGCAGUAGAGGUUGCCUCAGUAGCGCCUGAAGGAGUUGACGCCGCUGUUGUUACAGAGGAACAAGAUCCCGCCAACACUGCUGCUGAAGCAGAUGUUGCCGAUGCAGCAGCAGUUGAGGUGGCCACUGCUGCCCCAGUUGCAGUUGAAGAGCCAGCAGAUGCUGAUCCAGCUGCUGAAGAUGCUGCUGCAGCUGUUACAGAUGCUGAUACAGUUGUUGCAGAUGAAACGGCAGUGGUUAUAGAUGCAACUGAAGAAAAUGCGCCUGUUAUUGAUGCUGCUGCUUCAGUUGCACCUGUUGCAGAGGGAGAAGAAACGGCAGUUGAGGCCGCAGUCACUGCUGCUCCUGCAGCAGAAGUAGCUGUAGAGCAAGAAGCUGACGUUGUGGCUGCUGAGGCUGCUGAGGCUACGGCUGCUGAUGCUGCAGAGGUUGUCCAAGCUGAAACAGAAGCCCCUGCUGAUAACGUUGUGGCCCCUGCUGCCACUGAGACCACAGCUGUAGAAGAGGCAGCAGCUGAUGAUACCGAGGCUGAAGUUGCAGCUACUGUGGCUCCUGCAGAGCAACCAGCAGGCGUUGAAGAAGCCGUUGCAGCUGAGGGCGAAGUUCAAGCAGAGGUGGAAACAGAUCCAGCACAGGUCGCCCUUGUUGUGGCUAAAAGACAAGCACCAGAGCUACCAGCCGACUGCAUGGUCUACCGUUAUGGCUCAGUCGCCACCUCUGUAGAUGUUGUCCAGGGUAUUGAAAGUGUGGAGAUUGUACAGAUGUCCAACGUUAUAGCGAUGGCAACUGAGUUGGUCCAGAAUGCUGUGGACCUCACCAUUACCUGUCAGGGAAGUCUGCCAAAUGAGAUCUGCACAGUCAUUUCAGAUGCUGACUGUAUCACGCCAAUGGAAACUGUCUGUAGUGCAGCUACACCCUCUCCAGACUGUCAAAUUAUCCUUCGUCAGUUCUUCAAUGGCUCUGGAGUAUUUUGCAUCAAUGUCUCCUUGACCAAUGAUGUCAGUCUUGCUAUGGCAAGUGCAAGAGUCAGUGUAACAGUAGCCUCCGGUGGUUCUCCAGGUGGAACAGCAGCCACAGUCCUGGGGGUUAUGAUUCUCGUCUGUGUUGUCUGUUGUAUUGGUUUGAUGUACAGGCGAUUCAAGCAGUACCAGCCACUAAGAGAAGACCAUGGUGACGGUAAUGGAGGCAGCUCGGCGGUGACAUCGGUGCCUUUGUUGUUGUGGAAUUUGCUGAGCCGACAGUCACCAGGAGAGAGUCGACCACUGCUUCAGGGGAGGAUUGUUUGAAUAGCAUCAUCAGCUCAUGCACUCAACAUUUACAACAUCUGGUAAAACAUUGACUUUAUACACAUAAAGUAAAUUAUGUGUAUAAAUUAGUCUUGCUCAAUGUAUUAAACCAGAACUAAUUAAAUGAACCAGCCCUGUGUAUAAUAUGUGCAAAAAUAGAAAGGAAUCAAGUGAGGAACAAAGAAGUGUCACAAGAAUGUUGAAACAUUUGUAGAGGAAAGUGAUAUUUAUUUUGACCUACAUAUUUUGUAUUAAUUAGUACUGGUAGUUUAUAGAAGCCAUAACUUAUUCUCUUAUUAGUGGCCUACUUAGAGUAAACCAAUUGGAAAAUCAUUGUUAACACAAUUCCAAUUCAUUCUUUUUACAAAGUAAUUUAAAUCACUUACAUCACAGAAUGUUAUCCUGUUUGCCCUGAAAUGAAUAAA